AUGUAUUCGGGGAGAUUAUUUUGUAAUUUCCCAAGAGGAAAGUUGAUAAAUUCUAAUUUAAGGUGGAAAACUAACAUUAUUGCAGGAAAGAAUAAACAGGUCUUUGGUCAAUACUACUCCAAAUUCUACCACCAAAGUAGACAGAUACAUGCUCGUACUCGACUAGCUAAUUUAAACAGAUAUCCCUUGGCAGUUUCUUCGAAUUUUUUGCUCUCCUCGAUUACCUUAAGAAAUUCUGUUUCGUCUAAUAGAAGGGCACUAUAUGAUACACUGAGUAAUCCUAAUUAUGUGGGAUCACGAACAAAAACUAUUUCUGCACAAAGUUCUACCAAGCCCAUUGUUGGAUAUUGGUUAUUGGGGACUUCAGGAUUAGUCUUUGGUAUAGUUGUACUGGGAGGAUUAACGAGGUUGACCGAAAGUGGACUUUCAAUUGUAGAAUGGAAACCAAUUACAGGUGUGCUUCCUCCAAUUACUAAUUCUCAAUGGGAAAAAGAGUUUGAAAA